CAUUUAUGGUUCGAACCAAGCUUUUAAUGAUAUUAUUGAAAAGGAUUUGGUUUCAUGGAACACCAUGUUGAUUGCCUAUGGUUUGCAUGGUUGGGGUGACAAAGCUCUAGAAAUUUAUAAAGAAAUGGUAGCAUCUGGCUUGAAGCCAGAUAAUAUUACCUUCACAAGUCUGUUGAUGACUUGUAGCCACUUGGGGCUUAUUAACAGAGGCCGAGCUCUUUUCAAAUCAAUGAGUCAAAUAUACGGGAUUUCGCCAGAAACAGAGCAUGUGGCAUGCAUGGUGGAUAUGCUUGCUCGAGGUGGGUACUUGGAAGAAGCAAGAGAGAUGACCAAUAUGUACACAAGGACACAUGGUGCCACUGCUAAAUCAAGUGAAGCUCUUUUUGGAGCCUGCUAUUCACAUCGUGAUGUAGACAUGGGAGCCAAAUUGGGGGGAGUGUUGAAAGUGUUGGAUCCUCAGCAUGAAAUGAGUUAUGUGGUGCUGUCGAAUCUGUAUUGUGCAAGUGAGAAGUGGAAAGAGGCAGAGUUGGUUAGGAAAGCGAUGGCUGAUCAUGGGGUGAAGAAGAUGCCUGGUUGUAGUUGGAUUGAAGUUAAAAACAAGGUGAUGGCUUUUGUUGCUGGUAAUGGUUUAUGUGUAUACAAGGAAGACAUGUCUUCCAUUUUAUACUUGCUUGAAUACCAAUUGAAGAAUCCAUGCUGGUGGAAUUAAUUAAAAGGUCCAUCUUUGCAGAUAUUCUUCAAUUUUGUGUUUGAGUUAUUACCUCCGAUAACCAGAGCGUCCCAUUUCUUCUUGUUUAAGGCUGCACUGCAUCUCUCUAUAUCCAUCGGUCAGGAGGCUCCAAGUUCGUCUGAUGCAAGUGAGUUCAUGUCUAGAACUUCAUCUCUUCUUAUUUUAGUUGAGUUCUUUAUGAUCUGGGUUUCUAUGUUUAAAUUGUGAAAUCACAAAAAAGACAGUAGAAACAUUGCACAAUUUUAUGGGUAUAUCUUAAUAGGUUUAAAUCAGAACUUGAGUAUCUCCAAUUGGGUUGAAAAACAGGAUUUUAUAAGUGGUUAAAAUCCAUUCAGAAAUGCAAUGGAUGUCAAUAUUGUUGAACUCUUUGCAUGUUUAGGUUUUCAUGUUGAUAUUUUCUUGUUUGCACGUGAGAGUGAGGUUUCAUAUUUUGC